CACUCCCUCCGCGGUUCUUUGGCGGGGCUGUUGGCGUGGGGCGUCCCCGGCCAGCGUCCGGAGGGCAGGGAAGUGCAGGCCGGGCUGACUGUCACUCCACCGCACCCUGGGCUCCGGCCCCGGUAAACUUCCUGUUACCGGGAGGCAGAUACCAUCUCUGCGGCCACCAGUUAGGAAAAACGCCUAACCGAUUUCUGGUUAGGAAUAGUGCGGUGGAGCGUUCCCGAGUUCACUUGAACCUGCUGGAGAGCUGACUGCGGCCGGGCGCCGGAGUCGAUCAGCACCGGGGGGAUUCAAAGGUGAACCGUGUGCUGCGGGCUCCUCCCCCGAGGAGCUCAUGCUCUGGUGUGGGAGAUAAGACAAGUACACAAAUAACCGCGAUACCAGGAGGAAGGUGAUAAGUCCGGAGAAAGAUCUACACAGUGCUACAAAGGCACCCAGAGCGACCGGUCGCCUGCGCCUAGCAGAAACCUGGAAGACUUCCCGGGCGAGGCGGUGCUGAGCAGGGUCUUGAAGGCCUGGCUGAUAGACGAGGGUUGCAGAAGACUCGGUGAAGCAGACAGAGUGUAGCAGAGGCCUCUGUUGCUGCCGUCAUGCCGUUCCCAUUUGGGAAGUCCCACAAAUCUCCAGCAGACAUUGUGAAGAACUUGAAGGAGAGCAUGUCCGUUCUGGAAAAGCAAGACAUUUCUGACAAAAAAGCAGAGAAGGCUACAGAAGAAGUAUCCAAAAAUUUGGUUGCCAUGAAAGAAAUUCUGUAUGGCACAAAUGAGAAGGAGCCACAGACAGAAGCAGUGGCUCAGCUUGCUCAAGAACUAUAUAAUAGUGGGCUCCUUGGCACUCUGGUAGCUGACUUACAGCUCAUUGACUUUGAGGGCAAAAAAGACGUGGCUCAAAUAUUCAACAAUAUUCUCAGAAGACAAAUUGGUACAAGAACUCCUACUGUUGAAUACAUCUGCACCCAACAGAAUAUUUUGUUCAUGUUAUUGAAAGGGUAUGAAUCUCCAGAAAUAGCUCUAAAUUGUGGAAUAAUGUUAAGAGAAUGCAUCAGACAUGAACCACUUGCAAAAAUCAUUUUGUGGUCGGAACAGUUUUAUGAUUUCUUCAGAUAUGUUGAAAUGUCAACAUUUGACAUAGCUUCAGAUGCAUUUGCCACAUUCAAGGACUUACUUACAAGACAUAAAUUGCUCAGUGCAGAAUUUUUGGAACAGCAUUAUGAUAGAUUUUUCAGUGAAUAUGAGAAGUUACUUCAUUCAGAAAACUACGUGACAAAAAGACAGUCACUCAAGCUUCUCGGUGAACUACUAUUAGAUAGACACAACUUCACAAUUAUGACAAAAUAUAUCAGUAAACCUGAGAACCUGAAAUUAAUGAUGAAUCUUCUACGAGACAAAAGUCGUAACAUCCAGUUUGAGGCCUUUCAUGUUUUUAAGGUGUUUGUAGCCAAUCCUAACAAGACACAGCCCAUCCUUGACAUCCUCCUCAAGAACCAGACCAAACUCAUAGAGUUCCUCAGCAAGUUUCAGAAUGACAGGACCGAGGACGAGCAAUUUAAUGAUGAGAAGACCUACUUAGUUAAACAGAUCAGGGAUUUGAAGAGACCAGCUCAGCAAGAAGCCUAAUUUCCAGUAAAUAUCUAAAAUAUUAAAUCCAAAUUCAGCAUUUGCUGUUAGCUAUUCAGCAUCAGGCACUCUUAUCGAUUCAUGAGGAACAUUACUGCUAAUCUGCUGUUAAGUGAACGGUUUUUCAUUUUCCCUUUUUGUUUUUUAGUCCAGGUUGGAGAACGUAGCUGCUGACACUUGCACACUAGAGCACACAUGGGCUUUUUCUUGAUCUUUGUGUCACUUCAGAAUUCAAAGACUCCAUUUGCUAUAGGAGUUCUGACGUGACUGGAUUCAUGAAGGCAAAUGUAUAGAUGAGAGUGUGGUGUGGGGAAGAGGGCACUGAUAUUACCAGAUUAAACCUGCGUGUUCGCCUUCACCUCUGUUGAAGUCCGCGCAUGGUGUGGCACGCGCACCAGGCAUCCUCACAGCCACUGGACGCCUUGGCUCAAGGAUGGUUGCGCCAAGCUGUAUUUGAAGUCGGAGGGGAACUGUACCAAGAUGUGAGCUUUGGGGGCAGAUAAAGUUGACAUGCGAAUGCAUUGAUACUGAAACUUAACUUCUCAAAAGUGUGAAGCUUCGUAAGGUUAUAAGAAAAAUGUGUAUAUGCUUUUCACAGCUUUCUAGAAUUUUUUGACAUUUGAUUUUCUUGAGACUUGUAAACCUGGAUAUGUUGAAGGGUAUUUGUUAAUUUUACUUUUUGAAGGUAUUUUAAAACAGUAGAGCUAGCAACAAUACCUUGCAUUUCAUUUCAGCACUGCUUACAGGUUUCUUUUGUAUAUACUUUUUAGAAUGCUCAUUUCUUUUAAAUGGUUUAAUUUGUACAGCAGAGGAAUGUUAUUGUAGUAGUAUGUAACUAUUACCUAAUACUGAGUUUUUGCAAAAAAAAAAAAAAUGAAUGCUCAUAUGUAAUUGAAAUACUUCAGAACACAUGAAAAUGCUGAUUUAACAUUUAAGUAUCACAGCAUUAAAAGAAAAAAAGUGAACCAAAUGUUUGCAUUCAAUUACCGAGUGGGGUGCCAUCAGUCGGCUGAAAUAGGGACCUGGAACUCUGUCGGCUACACUUUCCUGCAUAAUAUUGGCCUUAUUCAUUUAAAAUGGGUUAUGAAUUCUCCAGAUCAUUCAGUUAUGAAUGAUACAGAUUAUGCUAAAUUAAUGCUGAUUCUUUGUGUGGGGGGGAAACCUCUGUAGAGAACCUUUUCUUUCUUAGAGUAAGUGAUCCAGUACAAUAGUUGUGAAACUUAAUAAUCAAAACUUUGGCUUCUCUUAGGAAAAGAAGAGCUCCUAGUCAUAGGUGUCCUAUGGGGAAUUUUUUUUUAAUGUCCUGUUUCUUAAUGCUGCAAAUUAUCAGUAUUUAUAAAGUAACUGAUUUUGCACCACUUUUUUGUUACUGUGACCACGGCAGAACAAUGUCUCCUAGACUCUAUCAAUUUAAGGUUACUAGAAUGGUAUCUGUUCAUCUUAGUGAUACGAAGACCACAACUAACAAGUUACAAAUCAGAGUUUGCCAGUUUGAAUUCAGCAUGGCUGUAGCUGAUUAAGAAAUUUAUAUAAUUAUUCUUUGCUAGCCUCUCUUACUAAUUGAAUUAUUUAUCAGCCAGUAAAAUGAGCCGCCCAAUUGAUGAUGUUUCAGCAGGUUUUCAAACCUUCUUCAAGAAAUACCAGUUAGGAAAAUAUCUCCUGAAGAUAUAAAUAUAUUUUAUUCUAUUUAAUUAAAAUGGCAGUCCACAUUAUAAUUGGUUUUUCUGAGGCUGUCUUUACAAGAACCUGUGUGAAAUAAUUGUUUUUCUACUGGAAGUAGGGAAAGCCAUCUAAUCUCCUUGAAAAGAAAAUCUCUCGGAUGUUGAGGAAGGCAGACUUGCUGUGAGGUGGCGUUCUGGUUCCUGUGGUCUAGUGCUAUGUGUCUGGCUUUAGUGUGAAAACAUUCAUCACGCCGAGUGGAACAAGCCUUGCCAAGCUUGUUCUUAGAACUUUACACAGCAAAACAGCCUUCACUUCGGCAGUUGUGUGGUAGCACUAGAGCCUUCUGUAUGGAAGACAGUGAGGGGUGCAGUGUGUCAAAGAAAACAUUAAUGUGUUACUCUCGCACUGGAAUCUGAAGAUAAGACUUUGUUUUAAAACAAAACAAUGUGAAAACAAAGUUGGAAAAUUGCAUUUGAAGUUAUGAUCACUUAAUAUAUUCAUAUUACCAAAACUAUUAUACUGGAAGUGGUUUCUUUUUGUGUUAUAAAGGUUUCAUUUUACAUAAAGCAGUUACUUAAUGUGAUGUUUAACCCUUUGAAAAUAAAAAAAAGUGAGGAUGUAUACAUUUGUUAACAAUGCCAUGAAAGCAAUUCCUUUCUCCUGAGGAAAAGUGAAUUUCUUAUCAGAAUAUCUGGCUGGCCCUGUAAUUUAAAUUAAAAUAAACUUUUGGAGAAACA